ACGUCAUACCGAGGGGAGAGACCGCCGACCUACGGAUUCCUGAGCGCUGCUCGAAUUUCCUUUAAGCACAUUCCUCCCGUCCGCUUUGUACGACAAGCACAGCUUUUUCUCCUUCGCUGUUCUUCAGGCGCCCAUUGGGAACAAAAUCAAGAAUGAUGUUCCGAAGUCUCCCUCUAGUUGUUCUGCUUGCCAUAGUUUGCUGCCACGCCGAGGAGGUGCAGAGCAAGUCUAAAGUGUGUGCCAACGUGUUCUGCGGAGCUGGGAGAGAAUGUGCCGUGACUGAGAAAGGGGAGCCUAGCUGUCUUUGCAUCGAGCAAUGCAAGCCCCACAAACGCUCAGUGUGUGGCAGCAAUGCGAAGACGUACCGUAACCACUGUGAGCUCCAUCGCGACGCCUGUUUGACCGGCCUGAAAAUCCAGGUGGCCCACGAUGGCCACUGCAAAGAGAAGAAGAUGGACAAGACUGCUGCCAGUCCUGUUGUGUGCUAUGUGGCGGACCGUAACGAGCUGCGCAGCCGCGUGAUCCAGUGGCUGAAGGCAGAGGUGGUGCCAGACGGCUGGUUCGCCAAGGGCUCCAACUUCAGCGACAUCCUGCACAAGUAUUUCAAGAACUAUGACAACGGUGACUCCGAGAUGGACUCUGCUGAGCUGCUGAAGUUCAUCCAGCACAAUGAGACCGCCAUCGAAGUGAAGACCUACGUGGACGAGGAGAACAACCGCCUCCUCAGGAGCCUGUGUGUGGAUGCUCUUAUUGAGCUGUCUGAUGAGAAUGCUGACUGGAAACUGAGCUUCAACGAGUUCCUCAACUGCCUGAGGCCCGACUACAACCCCCCUGAGAAGAAGUGUGCCUUGGAGGACGAGUCGUACGAGGACGGAGCUGAGACACAGGUGGACUGCAACCGCUGCGUCUGCGCAUGCGGCAACUGGGUCUGCACAGCCAUGACCUGUGAUGAGAAGACCCCAGCUCUGGAUGAGCUAGACGCUGGUCAGGAGAUGACUGAGGAGGAGUGGACUCGCCGUGUGGCCGAACUCAACAAGCACCAGGAGACCGUGGAGAAGAUGAAGACUAGCACUAAGGAGGCUUAAAUGAGAGAUGGGGUGAUGUAAGAAGAUAGGUAGAAGAGUGGGAUGCGGGAAGGAGGGAUGGAGAAAAA